CAUUCUCCUCAUCACAUAUCCACUGCUGGCCAGUGAAGCGCCCAGAACCAACACCAAGCAUCUUAUAAACCACACUGCAUAUGCUCCGAGGGAUCAAUACCCACAGGCCACAGCAGCAAGAACAGCUUCAAUUAUUUUUUAUUGGUUAAUUUAACUGCACAGUGUACAUAGACAGAGAGAGAGAUGUAUCUGGUGAAGGACAUCGACGGCGCCAUCGCGCUGAUGGCGGCGGCGCUGGUGCUGCUAGGCACGUGGCCGGUGGUGCUGGCGGUGCUGGAGCGGCGGGGCCGGCUGCCGCAGCACACGUUCCUCGACUUCUCCCUCACCAACUUCCUCGCCGCCGUCCUCGUCGGCCUCACCUUCGGCCAGAUCGGCCCCGACUCCCCGGACACGCCCAAUUUCCUCACCCAGCUCGCCCGGCCCCAGGAUACCUGGCCGUCGAUCCUGUUCGCCAUGGCCGGCGGCGUCGUCAUCAGCCUCGGGACCCUGGCCACGCAGUACGGAUGGGCCUACGUCGGGCUUUCGGUGACCGAGGUCAUGGCCUCCAGCCUCAAGGUCGUCAUAGGGACAACACUGAACUAUUUCCUGGAUGGGCGGAUCAACAAGGCGGAGAUUCUGUUCCCCGGCGUCGGUUGCUUCCUGGUUGCAGCCUGCCUUGGCUCUCUGGUUCACUCCUCUAAUGCCGCUGACAACCAGGAGAAGCUAUCCAGAUCCAGGCACGCUACUACUGGGAACACUGCAAACGAAGAGCUCACCAAGAAUUUGCUUGACAAAGAGGAGAAACCCAAGGAUUGCGAAGAAGCAAAACCUGACGAACCAAAAGCCGUGGAGAAAAUAGAGGCAGGAACAGCUGAUUUCCUCAUUCAUCUCGAGGACAAGAGAUCAAUCAAAGUUCUGGGAUCCCACACACUGGUGGGUCUGGGCAUCGUGACGUUCGCGGGGAUCUGCUACUCGCUCUUCUCCCCAGCAUUCAACCUGGCAACCAACGACCAAUUUCACCUCCUCCCGGGGACGGCGCCGCACCUGGGGAUCUACGCCGCCUACUUCCACUUCUCCCUCUCCUGCUUCGCCGUCGGCGUGGGGCUCAACCUCUGGUUCCUCUACCGCCCCAUGGCCGGCGUCCCCCAAUCCUCCCUCCGCGCCUACAUCCACGACCCGGACACGGGGGGCAGGGCGCUGGCGCUGCUGGCGGGCAUGGUGUGCGGGCUCGGGAACGCCUUCACCUUCAUGGCGGGGCAGGCGGCGGGCUACGCGGCGGCGGACGCCGUGCAGGCGCUGCCGCUCGUGAGCACCUUCUGGGGCGUCGUGCUCUUCGGGGAGUACCGGAGGUCGUCCAGGAGGACCUAUGUGUUGCUUGGGAGCAUGCUGUUUAUGUUUGUGGUCGCCAUGGUCGUGCUCAUGGCUUCCUCCGCCCACAGGAAGCCGCUCUGACCACCAUGCUUUCUUUGAAACUGAGCCUGUAGUUGAACAAGUGCAGACUCUUGUAAGCUUUGAUAUCUCAAGUACCAAUAUGAACUGAAGACACAUACAACAAAACAGAAAACAAUGCAAACGAGCAACAUAACACCGCACUGGAUGAAGAAGAUUUUAAGCAGGAGGAUCAAUUACUGAGUCUAGCAUUAAGAUUCAGGCAUUCAGCCACAUACAGAGUCAAGAGAUGGUAAGAAACUGCAUAGCAUGUGAAAGAUCCAAAGUAAUUGCACUAUACUGGCAGAUACAGCAAUCAGCAAGAUGUGGAAUAAGCAGAAAUAUAGAAUUGGACUGUACAAACAUUGUACGGAGUUCUAUCUAUUUAUAAUCACUAGUUCGCCAUCCUUACUCAUACA